AUGUUUGCUUUCUCUUCUCUUUCUUACACGAACCUUGCAGCUGACUGUCCUGCUGGUUCAUACAGUUCCCUGAACAGAACGUGCAUCUUAUGUCCUCUUGGCACGUAUCAACCUUCAAGGGGGCGGCCAUCUUGUAUUUCCUGCGGACUUAGCCUUACCACCCAUUCAAGUGGAACAGUAGACAAAAAGCACUGUAUAAGUAAGUUAAUAAAUUCCAACUGUAAUAUUUCCUGUGGCGUUCGCCAUAUACUUGUGAAUUGAUGCAGUUUCUCCUUAAACUCGGCCGUUGCCAUUUUAACGGUCGAUGGUAACUCAGCCUUUAGUAACGUUAGAUGAAAAAAAAAUUCUCUGGAUUAAGUUACAUAAGGCAAAUAAUACAUUUUCAAAUAGUGUUAGAAAGAAGAUAGUUGGAAAACAGUUUAUUAGAUAUGUACUUCAAUUUUUUGGAAUUUUGGUGGGUCUAGGUAGUAAUGUAAAUAAGGGAGGCAGAUUCACAAAGGCCCGGGUUUGAUUCUGGGUUGCGUUCUUCUUUGUUUUUGUUAGAAACACUCUCAAUAACAAAUCAAAAAUUUUCUAAGGGUACGUUCGAUUGAUCGUAUUCCGGGAUAAAAAUACGCAAAAGUUUUGUCGCAGAUCUCUUGUACCCUCGCUCGGUUAGCUUAAUUGGAUAAGGGCCGGUCUGCCGAGCACGAGUCCGCGGGUUCAAACCCCGGCCGGACCAACACUCGGAGUCAUAAAAUAAUUGAGGAGAAUGUGCUGCCUUUGUUGUGACAUCUACAAAUGGUUAGACAUUCUAGGCUUCUCGGAUAAGGAUGAAAAACCGUAGGCCCCGUCUCACAGCUCUUUCACUGUUCUGAUUCUUGACCAUGACACUCCUUUUCUAAUUAAACUGCACUGGUUACCUGUAUAUUUCCGAAUUCAAUUCAAGAUUUUUUUAACUUGUUUUCAAGGCGUUAGAGGGCAAGGCGCCUGUGUAAGCUGACACUGCUGCAAGGCCCGAAAACAAAGUGUAAAUCCUUUGGAGAUCGAGCUUUCGCCCAUUCAGGUCCAUCGUUAUGGAAUGCCCCACCUUUGGAACUAAUACUUUUUUCAAAUAUUGACUGUCUUAAAACCUACUUGUGCGAGAAAGCUUUUAAAACUGAAUGAUUUUGAUUUUUAUCUCUCUUUCAAUGUUGCAAUUAGGUAGCGCUUUAGAAAAUUAAACUUAAUAGCGGAGCUCCAAGCGCGAAACGCGCCAGCGGAGCACCAUGGGUAAAUAAAUCUACCCAUCCCAGAAAAUUUGGUAAUCACAUGACCGACCGACCGUCCGUCCGCACCACAGGCAUACCAAUGUUUACUCUCACACUUUCUAGCUACUUUGGGAGCCCAGGAGAAAGCUGAUUGCACAUCAAUGUUGUCAUCAAUUGACAGCUGUCAAAACAGGGUAUCCGCUGACCAGUAUCACCUGACUGUAUCGCGGGCUCAGGUGUGGACCCAUCAAGGUCGAGUAUUUUUUGAAGUUAUCCGCUGACAAUUUACUCGUUUUCAAAUGAUCGCAGGCUCACGUCUACUUUUUUUUAAAUUCAUAUCAAAUAUGUUGUGUUUAUGUCAGUAUCGCCAGCACUAUUGCGAUUUUGAUUUCAAACUGACCUCAGACGCAAAAAUUCAGCUAGUUUUUUUAAAAUAUAGGCGGGAAAGACCUUUUCUUACCAUGGUCACGUGUUGGUCACGCUCCACGUCCAAUUUUUAUGCUCUGAUUGGUUAAAAUUUGACAGAUGAGUUCAUGCGUAAAAUUUAUGCAGCAUCUUGAAAGUUGUUUACUUUGACAGCUGAAGCUGACAGAGGUUUGAGUCAACUUGUGAUGUUUUUAACUGUCUCUUUCCACUGGAUGUACAAAAUGAAAUACAGCUGCUAUCAAGAGUGUUCUCUUAUUCAUGGCUGGUUUGUUUAUUGGGUUUUUGGUUGAGAAUGCGUCGGUUGCCAAAGCCGAUAAUCCGAUGUCGGAUGACAUCGUUUUUGUUUUUCACGAUGCUGGAUGCGUACGAGAAUUAUAAAGGCUCAAGCGAUCCUUGCCUUACUUGAUGGCUUUCAGGAGCUGCAUCUCGAAAUAUGGUAAGCCUGAGUAAUUAUUGUAUUUAAAUAUAAUUUCAUGAAGUCUAGCGGCGCAGUUUAUGAAGCUAGUUUAUGCACGUUUGUAUUAAGAUUUGACUGAGACUGAGAUUCUCCCAUUUGAUGUGCAUUGCCUCCUUUAACAUAAGUUGUAGUUUGUUGGGUGCACAAUCCACGAUGGAAAAGCAAUUCUUAUUAGCUAGACAACGACAUGCCUGGGAUUGCUGCAAAUGCUGAUAAACGUGUGAAUUCCUGUCCCUGCUCAGAUGCUCACGAACGCGCGUCGAGAGAUGUCGGCUAGUCUCGCCGAUGUAACAGACAUUACAUCCUGCACACAAAAACUUGUAUACAACGCGCGAACGGAGAUCGAGAGGAACAGGAUCCUUCACACUAAACAUACUACCAACCUUAAAAGAAGAAAAAGCUAACUUAAUUUUGAUGUUAGUAGCCUUUUCUGUGCUUCUCUAGUGAAGGAGCCUACAUAGGGUAACUUAAAAUAAUAAGUUGAAACGGCUUUCUGAACCUGACAACUAGCUGAUGGGCGGAUUGUAGCUCUACUGACGUAUCUAUUGAUGACCUUUUCCACCAUGCUAACAGGGAAAAGGUUCUUACGUAGAAUAAGGGUAAGAUCUUUUAUAUCCUUAUGAAAGCCUAGCCAAGAAUUGUUGAUUUUGUAAACCCUUUCCACCAGUGUUCUAACAAGACCCAUUUUGUAGGAAAAUGAAGUAAAACUAAAAUAGUUGGUUAGGAGCCCCGUGACUUCGACUGCAAAGACGAAACAUCAAAUUGACUGGGACUCUGCGACAUGUAUAACGUAUUCUACAGACUACUAUCAACUUCUUACUUUAGAAAGCCACUGAAUCGUAGCCAACAGUUACCAGCGUCGUACAAACGACUUAUUGACGAGAUCAAGCAAAACUAACUACGAGAGGACAACUGGAGAACUGACAAUUUGACUAACAAUAGACGACUGUUUAACUGUGACAACAGACGGAUCGAAACGCACCAAUCACUGAUUACGAGUCUUCAUAGCCAAUAACAUCACGGCUUAACUGACAGACGACCAAUAACAUCCCGACAUAAUUGACCGAUCAUAUCAAUAACCAGAGUAAAAUACCAUCAACUGACGUGAUACAACUCACUUUGACUCUGAAGAUGACUACCACACAGGUUGUCGAAACGUCAGUCACUGUCAACAACAACAGUCCUAUUCAGGACUACGUUCACCCGGACGAUCAAACUCAACCUUUUUCAUUAUCUAUUUAACAAAUUUUAAACUAGAACCGUGCUUUAAUUAAGGCCUUGAUUUUUGAAUACUUGUAUUGUAUUUGAUGUUUUUAUUUAGCAUUUUCUAUUUCUGUUUGAGAGUUCUAAUAUAGAGCUAACCUCGCAACUUCCUUUUCAAGAUGUCUUUUAAUAUUAUGUUUUUCUUAUAAAUAAGCUUGUUUACAUCUUGAAUAAAGUUAGUAUGUAUGUAUGUGGGUAUGUAUGUAUGCACAUAUUCUUAUUCCGGAAUAUGGGCAAUUGAACACGCCCUAAGUGUCUUGAAGCGACCGUUUAAGAAAGGGAAAUUUGCCUCCCUACAAGGACAGACAAAAAGCCAGCCUCGUGAAAAAUGACCAUGGUUAAGUGGCUAGCUGACGUGGUGUCAUAGUAAAAAGAAGACUUACAAACGGUCUUGGUUAGAAACGGGCGAGGCCGAGGGCCGAUUACUGCAAUCUGAUUCAGGAUGACUUUCAAGUUGAUACGACUUUUAAUCUACUAUUGCAAUGACAUUUAUUUUUAUCUGUAGGCGAGGUUGUGAGGAACAGAAACAGCAUCGUGUUGCAUAGGGAAAUAUUGCAAGUGGAAUAUGGAGGGCACCUCCUUAGUUGGAAUUCUUAACCCUGUUAUGUUACAUCUGGAUUAUCCUCUAAGCUAUUUACUCAACCCCACUACCCUUUGAGCUUUUAAAUACUACCGAGGGUAAAUAAAGGCAGUUUACUUCUAUUUUUUGUAUUGACACAGGUCCUGAAUCGCCGACUUCUUCCUCGUCUACACUUACAUCUCCCUCCAGAAUUACUGAAGUAAAGGUAUUGAAUGCUUUCUUCGUGUAUUGUGUAUCGCUUAAAUAAGGCAAUAGUAACAAUAGAAUCCACUGACAAUAAGAUCUUAAGCUGCAGUAAAACGGGUAAAAGAAACCUGCCACUUACUGUGUUCUUGUGUAAAGUCGUUACACGAAACCUCCGAACAAGCCCUGGAAAUCUUCAAGAAAAGAACUAUAAAGUCGGCUCUCUCGUAAGCGACGACUCUUGGUGCACCGGAAAGGUGUUCGCUUAAGGGAAAACGUAACAAAAUACUUGCAGUCUUAAUUGUUUAACGUAAUUAGAUAGACACGAGUGUUUUACUGGAAAAUAUACCACUCGUAAAAUUCGUAAAAACUACAUCCGGGACCCGAGUGGUUUAUUUUCCAUCACACGUGAGUUUAUCGAUGACGUAAUUUCGGUAAUUACCCUCUAUUAUUUUAUCGAUAUCUUUUUGUCUACAUAAUAAAAAGAACAUUACAUGGCGGCUAGAAGAUAUCAAUUUUAUUUUUCUCGUGCCAAAAACAAUAUUUUACGAACGAGCGCAGCUCGUUCGCAAAAUACAGUCGGCUCCCGAUAACUCGAACCUUCAAGGGAAAUCGAAAAAAGUGUGAGUUUUGGGUAGUUCGAGUUAUCGGGAUCUCGAAGGAAAUAGCCGAGAGUAAGGUAAAAAACAGUUUUUACUGCACAGUGAACAUUUUAAUCACAUUUAAUUGUACAAAUGUCACCUGAAAAUUAAAAGAUACUUCUAGAUUAUAAAUCAGAACGUAAAGUAACAAAACAUAGCCUAAAUAGAGCAUACGUUUUAGCCUGUGACAAUCAACAUCAGCCUCCAUUAGUAAACUAUAC